AUGACCGGAGAGAAACAAGAAAGCUUCAAAAUCCUAAUGUUCCCAUGGCUAGCUCACGGCCACAUCUUCCCAUACCUCCAACUCUCCAAAAACCUCAUAGCAACUCACAACUUCACCAUCUACCUCUGCUCCACCGCCGUCAACCUCCGCUACCUCUCAAAACACGCCACCGCCUCUCUCCAACUAGUAGAGCUCCACAUGCCAUCCCCCCCCGAGCUCCCUCCCCACCUCCACACCACCAAGAACCUCCCCUCCAGCCUCAUCCCAACCCUCAUCCACAACUUCCAAGAAUCAACCCUCAGCUUCACACAAACCCUCCAAACCCUAACCCCGGACCUUGUCAUCUUCGACACUUUCCAGCCGUGGGCCCCCAAGAUCGCCUCUUCCAUGGGGAUACCUAGCGUCUACUUCUCUGUCUGCGGCGCCUCCUCCAUCUCCUACCUCCACCACCUCCACACGUAUGGAACCAACGAUGGAUUCCCAUCUCCGGCAAUGAGCAUGCCGGAGUCAGAGAUAGCCCGGAUGAGGAACCCGGUUCGGCCGAAUAUAAAGGGGGCAGAUGAUGACUAUCCCUUUGGGAAUUAUAGAAUAUCCACCGACAUUGCAUUGGUGAAGAGCUGUAGAUGUGUUGAAGAGAAAUAUGUGGACUAUCUUUCGACCUUAAGCAAGAAAAAGAUCGUUUGCACUGGUCCAAUGAUUGCUUCCGAUGCUGACGAGGACGACAUGUUCGAGAAGUCUGAAAUCAUGGAGUGGCUGGACAAGAAAGAGGCUGGUUCCACCAUAUACAUCUCCUUUGGGAGUGAAUGCUUUUUAUCUAAAGAGCAGAUUGGGGAGAUAGCAAAAGGGUUGUUGUUGAAUAAAGAUGUGAACUUUUUGUGGGUGGUGAGGUUCCCAUUUGAGGAGAGAGACAGGAGGGUUGAGGAAGAGAUGCCGGUAGGGUUUCUUGAAGCGGUGGGGGAGAGGGGUUUGGUGGUGACGGGAUGGGCGGCGCAGAGGAGGAUAUUAGGGCAUCCGAGUGUUGGAGGGUUUAUGAGCCAUUGUGGGAGGAGUUCGGUGACGGAGAGCUUGUAUUUUGGGGUUCCGGUGGUGGGGGCUGGGAUGAACGUGGAGCAGCCGUUGAAUGCGCAAUGGGUGGAGGAGCUUGGGGCGGGGGUGGAGGUUGAGAGGGAGGGUGGGGUAGGGGUGUAUUAUGGGGAGGAGAUUGGGAGGGCGAUUGAGAAGGUGAUGGUGGUGGAGAAGGAGGGUUUGAGGAGUAGGGCUAGGAGUUUGAGUGAGCUGAUAAGAGAAAAGGAGGGAGAGGAGGUGAGAGAAAUGGCUUCUAGGCUUUUGGACAUUUGUGUCAAGAACAAGAGGAUGGCAUGA